AUGUCUAACGCCGAGCUCGCUUCUUCCUACGCGGCCCUCAUCCUCGCCGACGAUGGCCUUGAGAUCACCGCCGACAAGCUCCAGGCUCUGAUCAAGGCCGCCAACGUCGAGGUUGAGCCCAUCUGGACUUCCAUCUUCGCCAAGGCUCUUGAGGGCAAGGACGUCAAGGACCUGCUCGUCAACGUCGGCUCUGGUGGUGGUGCCGCCCCCGCUGCCGGUGGCGCUGCCCCUGCCGCCGGUGCUGCCGCCGACGCCCCCGCCGAGGAGGCCAAGGAGGAGGAGAAGGAGGAGUCCGACGAGGAUAUGGGUUUCGGUCUGUUCGACUAA